AUGGAGGAGUGGAGGAAGAACGUUGAGCGAUUCGCCCUCGAGCUGCCGGGCGCCUCCGAACACAUCCGCGGUCUGGCGGCGUGGUACGACAGCCCCGAGGGACAGGGCGAGAUCGACGUGUGGCUGGGACGUCGCUACACCGACAGCAACGAGGGACGCAGGAAGAUCGUCCAUACGGGCCUCACGAUGAGCAUCCUCGGCAUCAUGACCGCGAUGAUCGGGUCUGCCACAAAAGAUAACGGCUCGACUCCGGUGCAAGAGGGUUUGGAUUGA